AUGGAUGCAGAAGGGACAGAACUGGAGGUCCUUAUUGGUCUUAGUUCACAAAUAUGUAAUGUCAUUCCAGAAGACUUUGCGCGAGAGCUUGAACAUGUUCAGAUUAAGGAAGGAUUUAUAAAGAGGCUUGUCAAUGCACUUAACUCAAAUAUGAUACCCACUGCUCAUUGUCCUGGUAUCAGGAGGAUGAUAGUUGAACAUGCCAUACACAUGAUGGAAUUCAAUCCGGCCUAUGCUAGCUAUUUCAACAACUGUCAGAUGAUGGAAGCCCUGCUAAUGGUAGAGCGUACACCUUCAAGGGCUGAAAACUACAGGCUCUUCUUGGGUGAUGCAGGACUCAUGAAGCACAGCAUACCUCUAUCCGCUCUUGUGGCUAGAGCAAAAGAACUGAUGGGCCAUGAGUAG